GGUUCUGCUGCUCGAAUGGACCAUGAGACAGCCAGUGUUAUGAGCUCUAGUAAUAACUAUUCUGUUCCUCGCAGACUGACAAGUCAUCUGGGUACCAAGGUGGAAAUGGUGUAUUCAUUAUUGUCGAUGCUUGGUACUCAUGAUAAAGAUGACAUGUCACGAACAUUGCUAGCAAUGUCUAGCUCCCAAGACAGCUGCAUAGCUAUGCGUCAGUCUGGAUGUCUUCCUCUCCUCAUCCAGCUUUUACAUGGCAAUGAUAAAGACUCUGUGUUGUUAGGAAAUUCCCGUGGUAGUAAAGAGGCCCGUGCCAGAGCCAGCGCAGCACUGCAUAACAUCAUUCACUCCCAGCCUGAUGAUAAGCGAGGCAGACGGGAAAUCCGUGUGCUUCAUCUCUUGGAGCAAAUCCUUGCUUACUGUGAAACGUGUUGGAAAUGGCAGGAGGCACAUGAAGAAGGCAUGGACCAAGACAAAAACCCAAUGCCAGCUCCAGUCGACCAUCAAAUCUGUCCUGCAGUGUGUGUUUUGAUGAAACUUUCAUUUGAUGAAGAACAUAGGCAUGCCAUGAAUGAGCUUGGAGGUUUGCAGACCAUUGCAGAACUGUUGCAAGUGGAUUGUGAAAUGUAUGGACUUACAAAUGACCACUAUAGUGUUACAUUAAGGAGGUAUGCUGGAAUGGCUCUGACAAACUUGACUUUUGGAGAUGUGGCAAACAAGGCUACAUUAUGUUCUAUGAAGGACUGCAUGAGAGCUCUUGUAGCCCAAUUGAAGUCUGAAAGUGAAGACUUGCAGCAG